GAAUUAUUUGAAUCACUAUUCUUUCCGUAUUCUUGUUUUGAAGGACUUGUUUUUGGACUUUGAAUAGUCCAAAUCCAAAUUCUCUCUAAUGGCAGCAUCAUCAGAAUCCAUACUCGAUCACAUCCCUCUCUUUGCCAAAGAACUUCUAGCCGGUGGUCUUGCUGGUGGCUUUGCUAAAACUGUUGUUGCUCCUCUUGAACGUCUCAAAAUUCUUUUUCAGGUUGUUAGUCCAACCAAGUUGAAUGUGUCGGGGAUGGUAAAUAACGAACAAGUUUAUAGAGGGAUCCGUGACUGUCUUUCAAAAACUUAUAAAGAGGGUGGCAUUAAAGGUAUCUAUAGGGGAGUAGCUCCGACACUCUUUGGAAUAUUCCCAUACGCCGGUUUGAAAUUCUACUUCUAUGAGGAAAUGAAGCGCCACGUCCCUGAGGACUACAAGAAAAGCAUCAUGGCGAAACUGACAUGUGGAUCCGUGGCCGGUUUAUUGGGUCAGACAUUCACAUAUUUUCUUGAAGUUGUCAGGAGGCAAAUGCAGGUUCAAAACCUUCCAGCAUCUGAAGAAGCCGAGUUGAAAGGGACUAUGAGAUCCAUGGUUUUGAUUGCUCAAAAGCAAGGCUGGAAGACCCUGUUUUCAGGGCUGAGUAUCAAUUACAUAAAGGUUGUUCCAUCUGCGGCCAUUGGCUUCACAGUUUAUGAUACUAUGAAAUCAUACUUGAGAGUACCAUCAAGAGAUGAAGUGGACUAACAAAAGAAUCAGUCAACCAUCCUCACAUUAGGAAUAAGCUCCUAACUCCUCCAGGCUUCAAAACUGGCUUCUUCUUCUCAUUAUAUUCACAUUGUUUUCACACAUUACUUUAGCUGCACAUUGCAUUCUUUCGGAUUGUAAAUAGAGAUUAGAGGUUGUUACACACUAUACCAACAAACAAUACCCUGAUUCAGAUCUCAUUGAAGUAGGAAAUAGUUUCUUUGUGGUUUAGACAGGACAAACUGUUUAUGUACAAUUAACAAAUAAAUUAAUUGCACUUUUUGAAUGUGCAAGUAGAGAUAAUGAUAUAGAAAUGUUGACACAGUCA